AUGGAGUUGGACAAUGAAGAACCAACAGGAACUGAACGGCUUGUGAGGGCAGUAAUGUUGACCUGUGCAGGGACCUUCUACAGGGGACCGCCUAAAGAUACUGGCAUCAUCAUCAUCAUCAUCGAAGGGUUCAGUGCUGAGAUCCCAGUGUUUGUUCUGACUGGAGAUUCUGUUAAACUGGAUAUACAGACAAAACCAGAGUUUGAAGAGUUGACCUGGAUAAAUACUAAAUUGGAAAGUAUAGUUAAAUAUUACAGUAAAUUUAAAAAUGUUAAUUCCUACCCUGCCUACAACAACAGAGCAAAAUUUAAUGAAAACACCUUCUCUCUGAUACUGGAGAACAUGCAGAAGAACGACAGUGGACUCUACAAAGCAAGAAUAAGUGGGGAAAAAAACGAUGAUAUUGUCACAUACAGAGUAUCUGUUCUUGACGCAGUGGAGGCUCCUAAUCUGACCGUAAACUCAAACAGUAGUGACUUCUGUAUGGUCAACUUUACAUGCAGAGCUCAAGACCUCAUCAUUAACUCUAGCUAUCAGAACAACCAAUGCUCACCAGAGGAAGCAACGUUACAAGAGAUGUACACUCUCAACCUGUCCUGCAGUGAAAAAUCGAUCAUCUGUAACUACAGCAAUCCUGUCAGCUGGAAAAUAGACAAAAUAGACAAACAGCUCUGUGUUACAAAUAAUGAGAACAAAUCACCGGAAUCCCCUUUAGAUCUCAAGCGGCUAGGUGUUAUAGCUGCAAUUGUGUUAAUUGGAUUACUGAUUGUGAUAUUUGCAGUCUUUUACUACUGCAAGCAUAGAACAGGCUCUCAAGAUGUCAAUGGUACAGUCUAUGAUCAUGUUCAGCCAGAUCAGUAUGCAUUCCGGCCACAGCAGCAGCAGUGA